AUGCCGCCUCCCCCUACCGCUGUCCCAAUCACCUCGCCGCUCAACGCGAGCAACCCUCUUUGCAAUCGCAACACGCCCCGCCCAACUGUGGUGAUACCGCUCGGCAAGGUACAACUGUCGCACGACCCACAAAAGCUCGCUGCGUACGUCUGCUUCCCAUAUACUGAGGCAUCGCAUAGGCUCCUCUGCACCGUCCUUCUCGAAACAUUCCGAAAGGCGACGGAGGUAGAGUGGCCAAUUGUGGUCGAUGAGGAUAUGUGGAAACACGUCAAGAUUCCCCAGAUGGAUUGCCAGUCAAUCACGGAGAGAUUCCGACAGUUGGGAAGAUGCCGACUUAUAACGUUGGUUGCUCAAGGCCGACGCAAAAUCGACGCCGCCCACAACAUGCUUGAGACCGAGCUUAGCUUGGUUUGCAGCGUAGUCAUGGACCGUCACAUUCUUGCGACGGUGUUUGUACCUUCUCAGAUUGAACUUGAAGAUGCCGUAGCCUUCGCGCGCGGUGCACGGAUGUGGCCGCAGGCAAUUCCCGAGCCGGACGAUCCAACGCUGGGCGACUUCGUUCUUUCGACAUUAUGCCUCGGAGACCAGACGGAGGUCUGGAGGAGGAUGGCGCGACUAGUGAGCAGCGCGGUGGAGCUGAUAGUGCAUGGUCGUAUCCCUUCUCUCAACGACCUCAUCGAAAAUUCGACAAUGCAAAGACGACGAGUUGUGGAUUCAGAGGACUCCGAGAUGGAGGAUUCCGAGUGGGAGGAUUCUGAGGAGGAGUCCGAGUCGGAGGUCACGGUGUCGGAGGGGGCUGAACACGAUGAGGAUGACAAGGCAAGUGACAGUGUGGCGUUUCGAUUAUGA